AUGAUCCUUUGGUUAUGGCUCUGCUGCGGCUUCUCCACCUCGGUGGGACAGCCCGACUCGGAGCUGAUGGCGAGGUACCUGGAGGAGAAGCUGAUGGCAGACUACAGCGUCAUGGAGGAAGUUGCACGCCGUGUUCCACGACAGGCCAAGUUUCUGCAGAGGCUGGAAACCAGGCCUCGGAUGUCUGAAUUCAAUGUGAAAUCCACAAUCAUUUCUCGCUAUGCUUUCACCACGGUGAUCUGCACGAUGGUGAACAGUGGAUCUGAGGCACGAGAGGCUGUGUUUGAGAUGCAGAUCCCAGCUCCAGCUUUCAUCUCCAACUUUACCAUGAUCAUUGGCAACAAGACUUACUAUGGGGAGGUCACAGGGAAAGAAAAGAAACACAGCAGUGAUGACAAAGCAAGGCACAAGAAACCUCCAAACUCCACAGAAGGAAGGGAGAAUGGCUAUGAGACAUUCAAAGCUUCUGUCUUCAUUCCUCGCAAGAUGCAGGCCAAGUUCCUACUGCAUUAUGAAGAGCUUUUGCAAAGGAGAUUGGGGAAAUAUGAGUACACAGUCAGCAUCCGGCCCCAGCAGCUGGUGGGGAGGUUACGAGUGGAGGUGAACAUCCUGGAGAAGUCAGGAAUAGUUUCACUGGAAGUGCCUCCCCUGCGGAACAGCAAGAACAAAGGCAACGGGAAAGUUGAAGGUGAUGUUUCUCCUCCUCCUUCUACUGUAAUUGGACAUACCAAAACCUUGGCUAAAGUUACAUUCAACCCCAGUGUUGUCGAGCAAACCAGGAUUGCUCGAAAUGGCAUUUUGGGAGACUUCAUCAUUAGAUACGAUGUCAACAGGGAACUGAGUGUUGGGGAUGUUCAGAUUCUUAAUGGGUAUUUCGUGCACUACUUCGCCCCCACAGAUCUUCCUCCAUUGCCAAAAAACGUUGUAUUUGUGCUUGACAGCAGUGCUUCCAUGGUGGGAACGAAACUGAAACAGACCAAAGAAGCUCUCUUCACAAUUCUCCAGGACCUGAGGCCUGAAGACCACUUCAAUAUCAUUGGCUUCUCCAACCGAAUAAAGGUCUGGCAGCAAGACCGGCUGGUGCCAGUUACCCCAAAUAACAUAAGAGAUGCCAAAAAGUACAUUCAUAACAUGUCACCUACUGGAGGGACUAAUAUUAAUGGUGCUCUCCAGACUGGUGCAAAGCUGCUAAAUGAUUACAUUGCUCAGAAUGACAUUGAUGCCAGGAGCGUCUCUCUGAUCAUCUUCCUCACGGAUGGGAGGCCCACUGUUGGGGAAACACAGUCAUUAAAAAUCCUCAGCAACACCAAGGAUGCCAUCCGUGACAAAUUCUGCCUCUUCACCAUUGGCAUUGGCAAUGAUGUGGACCACAAGCUGCUGGAGAGGAUGGCACUGGAGAACUGCGGCAUGACGAGGCAUUUCCAGGAGGAUGAGGAUGCAGCCAGCCACCUCAAAGGGUUCUAUGAUGAAAUAGGGACACCUCUUCUCUCUGACAUCCGUGUUGAUUACCCUGAAGACAAUGUGGAGCAAGUCACCCAGAACUUCUUCCCUAACUACUUUAAUGGCUCUGAAAUCAUAAUAGCUGGCAAACUCAUCAACCGCACCUCAGAUAGUCUCCACGUGGAGGUGACUGCUAGCAACUCCAAGAAGUACAUCCUCCUCAAGAAAGAUGUGGCUAUUGACCUGCCAAGCACGAAUGAUAUUAGCGGUAUCCCCGGUCUGGAAGAUGGCAAAGGUGAUACAAACUACAUUGAGAGGGCAUGGAGUUACCUCACCAUCAAGGAACUGCUUAACUCUCGGUUGAAGAGCGAUGACAGUCAGGAAAAAGACUAUUUGAUGGAGAAAGCCAAGUCAAUGGCCCUAACUUACAAUUUUGUUACUCCCUUCACUGUUCUGAAGAUGAGAGAGGCUGGGGUCCAUUCAGAACCAGCUCCAGAGGAGUUUAUCAGACCUUCUACUGAUGGCAUUGGUGAAAAGUUGCAGAGCUUGCAGGGACACAAGGCACCACCAGGUAUGAGAGGAAAUAACCAUGCGCUG